CAUAGCAUAGGGAGAGAGAGGGAAAUGAAGAAAGGCAACGUUCAAAAGAACAUAGGGUGUUUGACACUAUGCACUGCUUUACUCUCUCUCAUCACAAUCUUCAUUAUUCCCUUUUGUGAGUCCUUCAACUACGGCCAAGCCCUGUCCCAGAGCCUCCUCUAUUUUGAGUCACAACGUUCAGGUCGCUUACCCUACAAUCAAAGGGUCACUUGGCGACACCAUUCUGCCCUCACUGAUGGCCUAGAACAAGGGGUGGACUUGGUGGGAGGGUACUAUGAUGCAGGGGACAAUGUGAAAUUUGGGCUACCAAUGGCUUUCACCAUAACUCUCCUCUCGUGGGGUGCCAUAGAAUACGGCGAACAAAUCGCCGCUGCCGGCGAGUAUGCUCACGCUCUGGAGGCCAUCAAGUGGGGAACCGAUUAUUUCAUCAAGGCACACACACAACCAAAUGUUCUUUGGGUUGAGGUGGGUGACGGCGACACUGAUCACUACUGUUGGCAGCGGCCGGAGGACAUGACUACGUCACGGCAAGCUUACAAGGUUGACUCGAACAACCCCGGCUCGGAUGUCGCCGGCGAGACCGCGGCAGCGUUGGCAGCGGCGUCCAUUUUGUUUAGGAGAACAAAUCCACAUUACUCUCAACUACUUUUGCAUCAUGCACAACAGUUGUUUGAGUUCGGUGACAAGUACAAGGGCAAGUAUGAUGAGAGUGUUGGAGUGGUUAAAGGGUAUUAUGCUUCGGUUAGUGGCUACAUGGAUGAGUUGCUGUGGGCAGCAGUUUGGCUAUAUAGGGCCACCCAAAAGGAGGAAUAUUUAACCUAUUUUUUGGACAAGGCUUAUGACUUUGGUGGGACCACUUGGGCCAUGACUGAAUUCAGUUGGGACGUUAAGUACGUUGGUGUUCAAGCCAUUGCUUCCAUGUUUCUUAUGGAAGAAAAGAAGCACAAGAAACACCAAGUCAUACUCAAACAGUAUCGUUCAAAAGCCGAGCACUACCUAUGCGCGUGUCUCAACCUCAACAACAUUACUAACGUGGAGCGCACCCCAGGAGGGUUACUAUACAUCCGCCAAUGGAACAACAUGCAAUACGUAGCAACGGCAUCGUUUCUUCUCACGGUGUAUUCUGAUCAUCUCCUAGCCACAGAUCAGAAGCUGCAUUGCCAGAAAGGAGAGGUGGGUCCCCAUGAAAUGUUGGCCUUUGCAAAAUCACAAGUUGAUUAUAUUUUGGGCACUAAUCCAAUGGCUAUGAGCUACUUGGUAGGAUACGGUCCAAAAUUCCCGCAGAAGGUGCACCAUAGGGGCGCAUCCAUUGAAUCAUAUGGGGAAAAUAAGGGUUUUAUUGGGUGCACUCAGGGCUACGAUAACUGGUAUGGGCGCGUUGAACCCAAUCCAAAUGUACUCAUUGGAGCACUCGUUGGUGGGCCUGAUAUCAAAGACCAAUUUAAAGAUGAGAGACGAAAUUACAUUCAAACAGAGGCAUGCACCUACAAUACGGCAGCACUAGUAGGGGUUUUUGCUAGAUUGCAUCAAUCACAUGCACAUGCUGAAACCCCUUUAGUAGCUUCUAGCUAAUUGGGGUUAUACGUUAUAGAGAUAAAUUUUUGGUUCAUUGUUCCGGGCAAAGAAUAUUUCUUACUAGUGCUUACUUUUGUACUGCCAUUGUAAUUGUAAUUUGAGUAUAGUAUAUCGUAAGAUACAAACUAUACAACCAAUGUUGACUCAAAAAUGCGUCUAGAGACAUUAGGUGGAAUAGCAAAUUGUACCACUUAUACUUAGUCUAGCAAUUGGAAAGAGUUGCAUUAGGAGUUAAAGUAGAAGGUUCUGUUCUUUUGGGUUAGUAGUUAAAGACUUGUAUUCAUAGUUAAAACUUGGAUAAUUUAGCAUGCACUUUUAUUUUUGGUCA